CGCGCUCAGCCCAUCCUGGGCAGGACUCCUUCUGGGCCACGCCGGGGGCCAGCAGGAGGGCAGUGGCCGCGGCGCCCCUCCCAGCACACCUGCCCAGUGUCCACUUCUCGGGUCCUUGGUACCCGCGGGCCGGCCCCGCGAAGCCGCUGCAGGAUGCAGGAGGAGAGGGACGCAGUGGGACGCGGGGACAAAGGGUGAAGUCUAGGGGGAAGCCGGGCCCGGGUCCUUCCCCAGGGCCCCUUAGGGUCUGCUGCGUGACCGGGGGGACUGCCGCCCAUCUCUCGAGUCCGUGCUUCGGGGUCCACAGCAGGGAUGGAUCCCUGGUGGCCGAGGGACCCUGCUUGAGAAGGGAGGAGAGAAAAUGGGCACGAGGGGGCGCAGGUGACCCGAGCAAGCUCAUCCCGCCUCCGCGCCUCAGCGUCCUGGUCUGUAAAAUGGAACUGGGACUCGACCCCGGGAAGCUCUAGGGAAAGGGCUGGAAUGACUCAGGAUGGAGCCUGCAAAGGAGGAGGAGGAGGCAGCGGCGGCUGGCGCCAGCCCCCGCGCCAAGGCUGGGCUCCCCGGGUGCAGGGGCGCGUGCGCCUUCGGGGGCAGUGGGGCCGGGGCCCGGGCGCGCGCGGGGGUCGCGGCAGUCCGGCCCGCGAGGACGCGGCGGGCGGAGCGGCUCUCACCCAGAUUCACUUCCUUUGUCUGGGAAGAGGGGUGGGGGAGGAGACGGGGGGCGGGGAGGGGCCCGCGGGUGCCGGUGCCGCGCCCCCGCCCCCUCCCGGUGUGCCGAGCCCGAUUGUCACUCAGCUCCCGCGCCGGGGGCGAGUCGAGUCCCGAGCAGCCCGCAGCCCCCGGGCCCGCGCGCGCUGGCCACGCGCUCCCCCAGGCAUCCCCGGGGAGCGGGCGCUGCGGGGGGCGUCGAGCGCGGGCGGGCGCUGGGGCGGCCGUGGAGGUGUCGGGGCGCCCUGCUCCCCCGGGUGACCUUGGGUGCCUGCCUCGUGCCCCUCGGUGCCCGUCUGCUGAUGUGCCCAGCCCGUGCCCGCCAUGCCGCCCUCCAUUUCGGCCUUCCAGGCCGCCUACAUCGGCAUCGAGGUGCUCAUCGCCCUGGUCUCGGUGCCCGGGAACGUGCUGGUGAUCUGGGCAGUGAAGGUGAACCAGGCGCUGCGGGAUGCCACCUUCUGCUUCAUCGUGUCGCUGGCGGUGGCUGACGUGGCCGUGGGCGCUCUGGUCAUCCCGCUGGCCAUCCUCAUCAACAUCGGGCCCCGGACCUACUUCCACACCUGCCUCAUGGUCGCCUGCCCCGUCCUCAUCCUUACCCAGAGCUCCAUCCUGGCCCUGCUGGCCAUUGCCGUGGACCGCUACCUCCGGGUCAAGAUCCCGCUCAGGUACAAGACCGUGGUGACGCCCCGGCGGGCUGCCGUGGCCAUCGCCGGCUGCUGGAUCCUGUCCCUCAUGGUGGGCCUCACGCCCAUGUUCGGCUGGAACAACCUGCGGGAGGUGGAGCGGGCCUGGGCAGCCAACGGCAGCCAGGGCGAGCCGGUGAUCGAGUGCGAGUUCGAGAAGGUCAUCAGCAUGGAGUACAUGGUCUACUUCAACUUUUUCGUCUGGGUGCUGCCCCCGCUGCUGCUCAUGGUCCUCAUCUACCUGGAGGUCUUCUACCUGAUCCGCAAGCAGCUGAGCAAGAAGCUGGCUGCCCCUGCACAUCCUGAACUGCAUCACGCUCUUCUGCCCGUCCUGCAGCAAGCCGCCCUCCCUCAUCUACAUCGCCAUCUUCCUCACGCACGGCAACUCGGCCAUGAACCCCAUCGUCUACGCCUUCCGCAUCCAGAAGUUCCGGGUCACCUUCCUCAAGAUCUGGAACGACCACUUCCGCUGCCGGCCCGCCCCGCCCGUGGACGAGGACCCCGAGGAGAGGCCGGACGACUAGCCCCCCCCACCUCCCUGCCCCAGCUGCUCGCAUGCGGGCCUCUCGGCCCCGUCUGCCCGUCCCCGCUGGCCGGCCGGUGCCCCCUCCCCGAGCCUCCCUGGCCGGGCAGCGGCGGGCGCCUGCCCACUUUGGUCCUGGCAGCGGUGGGUCAUCCGUGGGGAAGGAGGAUCGUGGUCACUGGAGGGAGGAGCCCCUGGCUGGCGCCCCUCCUCCACCCGCCCGAGUGCCCGGAACCAGGCUGUCGGGGCCCCUGGGGACUGGCAGGGUGAGCCCAGGCCUCGCCGUGGUUCGGUGGUGCCCGGUGAGAGGUGGACGUGCCGCUGGAGGAGCGGGAGGGAACGGAUGUGUGGCCUCUCCUGUCCUGCAGGAGAGAGUGGCCUGGGCAGCUGAGAAGCAGGGAUUGGGCAUCUCCAGUCGUGUCCCCGCCCUCCCGACUGCCCACCAGGGAGGCCCGUGGUGCCCGCCCUCGCCCCCUGGACACAUGGGGGUAUGUUAGGGAGCAGCAGAAAGAGCGGGUCCAACAGUCAUUUCCAACAUUUGCUUUAUUGUGCACCAGCCCUUGAGCCCCUCGGCCCCCAGUCCCGAGUGAGAGGGGGGGCGCGGGGAGACAGGCUGUGGGUGGCCACCAGGGGGCAGUGGUGAGCGCAGAUGCUUGCCCCGCGUGUCCCAGAGCUGCACUUCCCUAGGCGACCCCCAUCUCUGCAGCCUUCUGUCUGCCUAGGGACGGGGUGGGCCAGGGAAAGGAAGGGGGACACUCCCAGGGACAGGUGAGGGGAGACCCUCCCACGGCUCCAGGCAAGAAGAUGCCUUGGACCCCCCCCCACCACCACCACCACCAACACUACUACCCGUAUCUAGCACUUUCCAGGGGCUUCUGGAGCUCUGGGGCAGAGCCUGCUCCGAGCACCUGGCCCCUGCCACACCCGGAGCCCCUGCUGGGGGGGGGAUACGGGGGGGGGGGUUUCCCCAAUGUGACGAGCAACCCCCGGCUCUGGAUUCUGAUUCCUUCCCUGUGUCCGAGCUCCCGGGGCAAGGGGGCAGUGACGAAUAAAGACUGAACCUCGGGA